UAAGAGGCAUAUCAAUGACAUUAUGGAGCUUGCCCAUAGUUUAUGCCUAAAUGAAGAUGCCCUCAAACAAUUACCGGAACCGAAACGUUCCGUUUUCAUAUUCGAAUGGUUGAGUUAUUUGGAAAAGACCUUGCUGACCAUAGAUCGCAAUGAGAUUAAGACAAAUCAAAAGAAAUUGGUGCAGCAGCUGACAGCACAAAUCAAUGGUUCGCCUGGGCCACCAACACGCAAACUAUUGGCCAAUUGUUUGGCUACGCUCUUUUCGGUGGGUGAUACAUUCCUGUUGUUCGAUACGGCAAAUGUGUGCAAUGACAUCUUAAAGAAUAAGGAUGAUUCACCUAGUUAUUUGCCCACAAAAUUAGCUGCAAUAUGUGUUUUGGGUUCAAUGUACGAAAAGUUGGGACGCAUGAUGGGUCGUUCAUACGAAGAAACCGUCAGCCUACUCUUGCGCACCCUACGCAACGCUGAAUCACAGGCCCGUAUUGAAAUUAUGAUAACAUUGGAGAAGGUGUGUGCCGGCAUGGGCACCGCAAUUGCAAAUGUCCACAAAGAUAUCUACAAGGCCACCAAACAUUGCCUGACAGAUCGUGUUAUGACCGUCAGGGUAGCAGCCUCCCGUUGUAUUUUAGAAAUGAUACAGCAUGCCCCUUUCCUAUAUCAGACAGAAUUGGAAAAUUUACCAGCAUUGUGUUUCCGUUCAUUCGAUGGUAGUAAUUAUGAAGUUCGCUGUGCCGUGGCCAAGUUAUUGGGCACCCUUUUGGCAUUUACUCAACAACAACAAAAUGACGCGAAUGCAAAGAAACUUUCCGUACAGACAAGUUCCCAGUCGAAGACUGCAAUGCGUACUGUGUCCCUAGAUGAAACUUUAAAUAUUCUAAUGUCUGGAUUUCUAAGAGGUGGUGGUUCAUUUCUUAAGGGUACGGGCGAGAUAAUCAAAGGUAGUUCCAGUGUAAACCGUGAAAUACGUGUGGGUGUUACACAUGCCUAUGUGGUCUUUGUUGAGUACAUGGGUAGUGUUUGGCUUGAACGCAAUCUCACCGUGUUCCUAUCACACAUCCUUGACUUGGUGGCCAAUCCCAAAGCAGCCUCAUCUCAUGUGGAUGCGGUGUACUCGCGCAAAUGUAUUAAUUUCAUUUUACGUUCCGUACUGGGAAAAAUGUUGGGUGAAAAGGCCCAAACCUCGGCGUGUAAGGAGCUGGUCUACAUGAUUGCCAAACAAAUGAAUUCCAUUGAUUUCAAUCCCGAGAAUGCCAAAGAUUCGAAUCAAGAAACCCUCUUCAGUCAACACUUUUUGGUAUGUGCUCUGCAGGAAUUGGGUUCUUUGGUAUUGGGUUUGGGUACAACAGCACAAAAUCUAUUGGCCGAUCAAACACUGAAUGCCAUUGAUACCACCUGUGCCGUAUUGGUACAUCCCAGUGCAGCAGCAAGAUUGGCAUCGGCCUGGUGUUUACGCUGCUUCUGUGUGGCAGUGCCGAGUAUGAUAACACCCUUGAUAGAUCGUUUUGUGGAUGCAUUGGAACAGAUGCGUUCAUCGCCUGAGGCCAUUGCUGGUUAUAGCAGUGCAUUGGCUGCCAUUUUGGGUAGUGUACGUUAUUCUCCGCUGGGCAUACCCCACACUAAGGGUAAAGUGGUAUUUAAUGCUGCUGAGGAGUUGUUACGUUCCGCCUCCCAAAAUAGUCGUAUGUCAUUGAAUCGUACCCAGGCUGGUUGGUUGUUGAUUGGAGCCAUAAUGACUUUGGGUUCACCGGUAGUUAAAGGUUUACUGCCACGCUUACUUCUACUAUGGCGUCAUUCAUUCCCCCGUUCCAAUAAAGAAUUGGAAUCGGAAAAAGCUCGUGGUGAUUCAUUUACCUGGCAAGUUACACUGGAAGGACGUGCCGGUGCAUUGUCGGUAAUGCACAGCUUUUUGGUCAAUUGUCCCGAUUUGAUUAGUGAGGAUAUUACAAAACGUCUGAUGACACCCAUUGAAAGUGCUUUGGCCAUGUUGGUAAACCUUUCUUCAGUAUUAAAAAGUUAUGGCACUCAAUUGAAGGCCCCAGCUGCCAUGGUACGUUUACGUUUGUACGAAACCCUGUCACAGUUACCAGCUAAUGCCAUGGAAUCAUCGUAUACCCAUUUACUGAGAAUGCUCAUAUCGGAAUUCACAUUGGCCGAAAAUCCAGCAAAUACAACAAAUUCUCAACUGCGAAAUCUAUGCCAUGCUGAAGAUUCUGUCAUUUUGGGUACAUGGCUGCAAGAAACGGAUCAUCGUAUUAUAGAAGAUCAGAUGGAACCGAAUCGUAGAUGGGAUGGUGAUCAUUUACAACCAAAUAGUGCAGCAGGUUCGGGUGCCUUGGAACAUGAUCCAUGUUGUUUAUAUCGUGCCACCGUUAACCACACUUCAACGAUAACAACAAAUGGUGCCUAUGGCUAUAAGGCAGAUCAAUGCCCAGGACCCCUACCCCUGGGUGUGGCCAUUAUCGACAUGUCCAUCGCCUUGUUUGGUCUGAUAUUUCCCAAAGUUGCUAAUAAACAUCGUCUACAGAUGCUGGAUCAUUUUGCCGAAUGCAUUAAACAGGCCAAGAGUAGCCGCCAAGAAGCUGUCCAAAUGAAUAUCUAUACAGCCCUGUUGUGCGGCCUUAAAGUGUUGACCGACAGUAAAUCUGGCAUUGGCCAAGAAGAUGUACGCAAAAGUUUCACCAAUUUGGUAACAACUGGUCUAAUUAGUUCAAAUUCAAUGUUGCGUUGUGCUUCAGCUGAGGCUUUGGGUCGUUUAGCCCAAGUAGUGGGAGAAUCUCGUUUUACUGCGGAAUUGGCACAAAUUUCAUUUGAUAAAUUAAAAUCGGCACGGGAUGUGGUAACACGUACGGGACACUCACUGUCAUUAGGUUGUCUACAUCGUUAUGUUGGUGGUAUGGGUUCAUCGCAGCAUUUGAAUACCAGUGUUUCGAUAUUAUUGGCUUUGGCCCAGGAUAUCUCAUCACCGGUCGUACAACUAUGGGCUUUACACGCCUUGGCAUUGAUAGCCGAUUCUGGGGGACCCAUGUUCCGUAGCUAUGUGGAAGGCACAUUGACUUUGUGUCUCAAGCUGUUGCUAAAUGUGCCACAAUCCUAUGUGGAUGUACAUCAAUGUAUUGGCCGGGUUUUGAAUGCUUUAAUUACCACAAUGGGUCCAGAGUUACAGGGCAAUGCUCAGGCCAUUGUUAAAAUGCGUCAAUCAUUCCUUUGUGCUGCCUCAGUUAUGCAUAACCAUACCGAUCCUUUGGUACAAGCCGAAGCAACUGGCUGUAUACAACAGGUCCAUCUUUUUGCCCCCGGCAGUGUCCAUCUGCCCUCAUUGGUCCCAACCCUGGUACGCAAUCUCUGCUCCAAUUAUUUGACCCAACGCAAGGCAGCCAUAUCUUGCCUAAGACAAUUGGCCCAUCGUGAGGCCAAAGAAGUUUGCGACUUGGCUUUAUCCAUUAAACCCGAUGAUUGUCCAAAACUAGUCAUUACCGAAUUUGGUCUUCCCGGUAUAAUUUUUGCAAUGUUAGAUUCUGAAACGGACAUUGAAAUGUUGAAGAACAUUCAUGACACGCUGACCUCCAUGCUGCAGUUAAUGGCUGCUGAAAAUCUCAGCUCAUGGCUAAGUUUGUGUAAAAAUGUCUUAACUGUGGCCGUUGAAAAUUCCCCGUUGCCCGAUGAUAUAGCUUUGUCUUCCAAGGCUGAUGGUGGUAAUACAAAAUCAGCCGGCUCCGGUGCGGCAAGUGGUGGUAACAAUGCAGCCGCUGCCAAUAAAGAUGUUGAUGAUGAUGACGACGAUGAAGAUGAUGCCGACGAUGUUACAGAAUAUCAUGCUUCAGAUAAUGCCUCCACACAUCCGGCAGUGCAACCACGUUGGACAACACGAGUAUUUGCCGCCCAGUCUGUGCGUAAAAUAAUGUCAGCAUGUGAAUCAGAUUCACCGAUACAUUUUGAUUUGUUGCAAGCCAAGGAAAUGCAAAUGACCAAAUCAAGUGGAGAUUAUUUAAUUCUGCACCUGUCAGAGCUGAUACGUAUGUCAUUUAUAGCAGCCACUUCGGAUUCGGAUCAGUUACGUUUGGAGGGUUUAAGAACCCUACAGGAGAUCAUUGAUCGUUUUGCAAAUGUUCCCGAACCGGAGUUUCCUGGACAUCUGCUAUUAGAACAAUUUCAGGCGCAGGUUGGAGCAGCAUUACGACCAGCAUUUGCCCCAGAUACACCAUCACAUGUCACAGCAGCUGCUUGUGAAGUAUGUUCCGCCUGGAUUGGAUCGGGUGUUGCUCGCGAUCUCAAUGAUUUGCGCAGAGUUCAUCAACUAUUAGUAUCCUCUCUCAACAAGUUGCACACCAAAACGAAUAGUACCCAAUUAUUUAAUGAAUCCAUGACAACAUUGGAAAAACUAAGCAUUUUGAAAGCCUGGGCAGAAGUCUAUAUUGUUGCCAUGAUAUCCAAUGGUUCAUCACCGGCAGCAUUGUUACAAAAACAAUUGACAAUUUCAAAUGUUGUGCCCACAUUAACCAUUGACGACGAAGAUGCCAUGGGCUUCGAUAAGAACUGUGAAAGCCUGUUGUCGCUUGUGAAGCCCGAAUUGGAUAACCUCUCAACCCAUUGGUUGGCUGCUAUGAAAGAUCAUGCUUUAUUGCUAUUGCCACCAGAAUUCCAAAGUCAAUUACCACAUGAUGGUGGAGCAUUUUAUACCCCCGAUACCAUUAACUCCUCGAAGCCUCAUUAUCUGGCAUCAUGGCCACCAAUAUUAUAUGCCGCAUCCCUAUGGCUAAAGGAUGAAGGAUUCCAAUUGCAUUUAGAAACCAAUACUCAAAAUUCCACAGAAACGGAUAAUUCCGAUAGCUCUACAUAUGAAACAAACAACAACAUAUCGCAUGGCUCAUUGUCGGCAGAUCGUUUUCAUAUGAUUUUUGGCAUAUGUAUGGAGGCAUUGUGUAGUGCACGAACCUCAGAGAAACCCAAAAAUGUCAUCAGCUGUCUACAAUCGAUGUAUACGAUAUUCGAUUCCAAAUGGGCACGCCGGCAAUUGGUCAAGGAUAAAGUUUUAACCAUUGAACUGUGCAAUGUUCUACACCGCCAGAUUCUAACCAGUGAUGAUUUGUUUGUCCAGCUGCUGUGUAUUGAAAUACUCAAGCAAUCUGUUAGGGCUUCCAAGGAGCAAUUGGAUGAACGUCGCGAUGAAUUUUUGGAACAAAACAAAAACAACGAGAACACCGACAACAUUUCUCUGCAAGAACAAAUUGAUCAAAUGGGCGAGGGUGGGGCGUCGGGUGAAAUAACCCCCGGUUCUUCUCACAUCUACGCUGUAUUGGAAGUUUGUCUAUGCCUGUUUGUGCGACAAAUUCCCACCAUGAACCCGGGAGCCGCCAAUACAGUACAAUUUCGUCAAGAUCUAAUAGCCAAAACUGCAUUAAGUUCGCAAUCCUUCUUCAACAAACUUGCCGAAGAUAAUGGUCGUUUGGUGGCCAGUGCUCUGGAAUGUGUAGGGGAACUUACCCAGCUAUGUUCUCCCAAAGGAGCCCUAGCAAUACUCCCCACAAUUUUAUAUAUGACCACAUCAAUUAUCAAAGAGAUUGCCAACAAAUCCGUAAUCGAUUCAACAAUUUUGGCCAACACAGUAGCAAUUCAGGCGGCCCUACACACCCUAGAAGCAAUAUGUAAAGAUAAAUGGUCCACCCAUUCCAGCGUGGCCAGUGAAUGGCAAGAGCUGCUACAAAGUUCUUUGGCCACAAUUGUAGAUCUGACCAAAACGGCCGGUGGUGAUAACGAUGAUCGUAAAAUGGACGAAGUUACAAUGUUGCGAGCUAUUGCCGUUUUCAUACUGCACACCCCGGACACGGUGGUCUCCACACCCUCCCUACAAUAUCCUUGCAUUAAUCAUUUCCGCCAGUAUUUACAAUCGGAUAAUAUGUCGGUCAAAUUGAAAUGUAUACAAUCGGCACGUCUGAUAUUUUCCAAUUCGGAAUUGAAAGUUUCCACACCCUAUAUACAUGCCUUGGCGCCACGCAUCAUCGAGGGUCUCUACGUGGAGACAGCCAAACAGCCACGCACAGAAAUGGAAUUACAAAUUAUCCUCGAGAGUAUAAUAACGGUGGAAGCUCUUAUACAAUUGGCUGAACCACAAAAUCGAAUACAAAUGUUAACAUUGUUGGUACCGGUGCUAAUCAAUUACUUGGCCGAACCUUCAAAGCUACGCAAUUUACCCAAAUAUCAACGUCAAUUACACGAACAGUCUUUGCAGUGGUUGAUGAAAAUUGGCCCCAAAUAUCCCCAGGAAUUUAAAUCGCUAAUGAGUCAGUCACCGGAACUACGGCAAAAGCUGGAAGCUGCCGUUCGUUGUCAACAACAAACUGCCGCAAUUGCCAGCCGGGUGCAACAACAAACGGCACAGGCUCGUAGUGGUCUUGAGAAACAACAGAAACCAACAAUAAAACUGAAAACAGAUUUUAGCAACUUUCAAUAA